AUGAAUCAGAGUCUUUCCACAAUCGAAAUGGAUGUCGCUGAGAUCAAGUUUAUUGUUACAAGCGCUCACAUUGAAACUGAGGAUGAAGGAAAUCAGUCUUCUUCGGCUGAUGAUCAACAACCGCCACCUGUUUCUAAAUGUGCUCUUUCUUCUGGCGGAAAUUCUACAUCCAUGUUGCCUCCUCCAUCAAAUCCACCACCACCAAGCAGUCCUCCUCUAAUCUCUAUUGAUGAUAAUCAGUAUCUUUCACUUAAUCUGGUGCCUCCCUCUCAAACUGAUGAUUCCAAAAAGGGGGAGAAUUUAAUUUAA